AUGGCUACAGACUUGCAGAUACCUCUUCCCACACCUGUCGUGGCUCUGGACCCUGGGCUUGACCUUUCCCCUUCCCAAUGGGAGGUCCUACUCUCUCUGUGCGACGCUGUUAUCCCCGAGAUCCGUCCGCGUGGUCUCUCCCAUGGCGGUCACUCCCAUGGUGGUCACCAUGCGGACAAGGCUCUGUGCCUUGAGAGAGACGAGUUCAACACGCUCACCGGACAGCUGCGCCGUGUCGCCGAUCCGUCCAAGUCUGAGCAGGUGGUCGUCGACUUCCUUGCCGAGACGCCGUCCAAGAAUCCUGACUUUUGCGAGAUGAUGCGCAUCCUCCUCUUUCGCUCUCUGUCCUCUGACAGCAGGGCCCGGUUGGUCAGGGUUCUCAGCGUGCUAAGCACUUCGAUGGGAUCCAUGAUUCUCGCGUCGAGCGUGACGCCUGUGCAUCGCCUCCCGCUCGCUGCCCGCGAGAAGAUCCUCCAGUCGUGGGCGACGUCGUCCCUUGGCACCUUUCGCAUGCUGAAAGCAUCGCUCACCCUGCUCACAAAGCAGGUCUGGGCACGCACCAGUCCCACACUGGAGAAGCUCGUCGGUGUCCCCCGCAUCCCGGUAGAGUGCCCGACCGCGGUAGGUGGCUACGAGUACAGCUUCCUCCAGUUCCCGCCCGGGGAGAAGGAUCAGGUCAUCGAGGCCGACGUCGUCAUCGUCGGCAGUGGCUGCGGCGGCGCCGUGGCGGCCAAGAACCUCGCCGAGGCUGGGCUGCGCGUCGUCGUCGUCGACAAGGGCUACCACUGGACCACGGAGUAUUACCCUACCGGCCUCGACACUGGAACUUCCCAUCUCUUUGCCAAUGGAGGGUCCAUUAUCUCCGAGGACGCAUCAACAUGCGUCGUCGCAGCCUCGGCCUGGGGUGGCGGCGGCACCGUCAACUGGUCUGCCUCGCUUGAGCCCCAAGGCUACGUCCGACGCGAGUGGGCCUCCGAAGGUCUCCCGCUCUUCACCUCUCUCGGCUUCCAAGAGUCACUGGACCGCGUAUGUGACGCCAUGGGCGUGUCGACGGACAACCUCGAGCACAACCUGGCCAACCGCAACAUUCUACAGGGCUCGCGCAAGCUCGGCUGGGCGCACAAGGCCGUCCCGCAAAACACAAAGGGUCUCAAGCACACGUGUGGCGCGCUGUGCACCAUGGGCUGCCGUCAGUCGGCCAAGCAGGGACCCGCCGUGGCGUUCCUGCCCAAGGCCGCCGAGGCGGGGGCCACGCUGAUGGAGGGCUUCGACGUGCACAAGGUCAUCCUCGAGAAGCGCGGGUCCAGGACGGUGGCCGUGGGCGUCAAGGGCACGUGGAGGUCCCGGGACGUGCACGGCGGGGUGGCUGAUGCGUCGACGGUGACGUCGCGCAGGGUGGUCAUCAAGGCCGGCAAGGUGAUCGUCUCGGGGGGGAGCAUGUACACCCCGCUGCUGCUGCUGCGGUCGGGCCUGAAGAACAAGCACAUUGGCAAGAACCUUCACCUGCACCCCGUCAACUUCGUGGGCGGCAUGUUCGACGAGCCCGUAGUCCCGUGGGAGGGUCCCAUCCUGUCAUCCGUGUGCUCCGAGUUUGAGAACCUCGACGGCAAGGGCCACGGCGUCAAGCUCGAGACGACAUGCAUGUCCACCUUCGCAUGGAUGAGCUGGCUCGUGUGGAACGGCGGCCUUGAGUACAAGAAGCUGGCCGGCAGCACCCGUCAUAUGAGCGGGUAUAUUAGCGUCUGCCGCGACCGCGACACGGGUUCCGUCUUCCCCGACCCCGUCGACGGCCGUUGCCGUGUGCAGUAUCACCCCUCGCUGUUCGACAAGAACCACAUCCGGGAGGGUCUCGUCGGCCUCGCGCGCAUCAACUACGUCCAGGGGGCGCGCGAGAUCUUCACCACCAUCCCCGGCGCGCCCCACUGGGUCCGCGACGAUGAACUCGACCGCCAGGCGCUGGACGCCAGCUUCGACGAGUACACCAACCGUAUCCGCGAUUUUGUCUACCCGGUCGAGACGCUGUUCGUGUCAGCCCACCAGAUGGGGUCGUGCCGCAUGUCGUCGUCACCCAAUACGGGCGUCGUCGACCAGUUCGGCCGCGUGUGGGACGUGGACGGGUUGCACGUCAUGGACGCCAGUGUUUUCCCUUCGGCAAGCGGAGUGAAUCCGUUCGUCACUACAAUGGCCAUUUCCGACUCGUUGAGCAGGGCGAUGGCCGACAAGUGGGAUCAGAAGGGCAAGCUUUGA